GAUAAUCUAAAGUUUCAUUUGCGAUAUGCCUAGCAGAGAACUAUAUAAUUUCGCGUUCGUCGACUCGACGAGUCGAUUACAUUCGCGGUACACGAUACCUCGGCGAUUCUAAAUUCGCCUAUUCCCGCAAAAUCCACGGUCCGAUAAUCACCGCAACGACUGUACUGUGUUCGCCGCAGCGCGAUGCACACCCCAAGAUAAAUACCGCGAACCCGCAAGUAUUCCGACUUCAUCCCACAACAUUUUUCUCGAGCCGACCGUGUCGGUGCGGUAGCCGCGCCAGUAAAUUUCCGGCAUGUGGACGCGUUAUCGCGAGAUACCUACACAUGAUUCCUGUUUUUUCUUUUUGUAGAACAGCAUAUAUCACGAGAUUCGUUUUCUCUUCACGUUGCUAAGGUCAUCAUCGGACAGAUUUAUGACGUGUACAAAUUACGAAAUGUUUAUCGCAUUUGGUUAGAUCUUCAAACAGAGAUAGACUAAAUAUGUUUAUAGUCGGCAAGGCUAAAGGAACAAUUACAGUCCUCCGAAAUAAUCAAACAACUAUUUUUCACAUGUGACCGUGCGAAUUUUGGCAGCUUCGUAGCGCGGUAUAAACGCGGUGCACGACUGUUGAGAUAACGCAGAUUGAAUGUACAACUACAACAUGCUGACGAUAAACGUCGGCAAGACCGCAUUGACGACUACCGCGCAGAAUGAUCGUGGAACGUCUCUCCUGAGCGACUACGACGUUAACAAAAUAUUGAAGCACAAACUCGGCGGCGAUAGCAACUUUCGACUCGUCGACUGGAGACUGGACCUCUUCGGCGAGGGAAAGGGUUUCCUCGGUCAGUAUUAUCAUCUCUGUGUUACUGCGCAGGUGGACGGUGAUGACACGAAAAGUCCGCAGUUCUUCGUGAAAACUCCGCCGCCUCAGACACCGCAGUUCGACUUUCUGCAACGACACGACACGUUCAACAAAGAGAUCGUCGGCUACACGGAUUUGGCGCGGCGGAUGGGCGUAGGCGAGUCUCCGGCAUGGAUGGUGAACUGUUACUGUUGCAAGCGGGACGUCGUCAUCGUCCUGGAGGACGCAUCGUUGGGCGGUUGCGCCACGCUGGACAAAUACAUACCGUUCGACGUGGAGCACUGCGUCUUGACGCUGAAAACCCUCUCAAGGCUCCAUUCCAAGUCCCUGAUACUGGACGAGCGACUUCGUCUGGAGGGUCGGGCCAUUCCUGAUCUUUAUGGACAUCUGCUGGACGAGGUGCUCUUCUCCAAGGACGAAAUAUCCAUGAGAUUCCUCAGCUCCGAUAUUACCGGCAUCUACACUCUGUUCGAUUUAAGGGGGGAUUCUCAUAAUCCCCCCUUAAUCGAGGGAUUCAGCGACAACGAGAAGGCUGUCGUCAAGCGCCGGAUCGCCGAGUGGUCAUGGAAGUUGCCACGAUUACUGGGACCAUCGAAGAAGUACAGGAACGUCAUUUGCCACCGCGACGUCUGGACGAAUAAUAUAAUGUUCCGAUACGAUCCGUCUGGCAAACUGAACGGCUGCCGUCUCAUAGAUUUCCAAUUCUACACGUACUGCCCUCCGGCGAUCGACUUUACGUUCUGUCUGUAUCUAACCGCGGAUCAAGCCACCAGAGACCUCCAUUUCGAUGCCUUCGCCCGGAUUUAUCACGAUUCAUUUGCCCAGCUUCUCGCGGAGGACAGUUUCGACGCGGAGGACUAUUUACCGUGGACAACGUUCCGGGACAGUUGCAUGGAGGUGCGGAACGUGGCGAUCGUCUACGCCGCACAUUGUCUGCAAAUAAUGUUGCUGUCCAGCAACACGACCGUAGAAUAUUUUGUGAACGACACGAGCGAUAGACUCAUGGACGUCAUGUACGGAGACGGACGACGGGAACUCGUGCUCUGCCAAUGUGAAAAGGAGCCGUCGUACAAGGCGCGUCUUCUGGAGGUUAUUCACGAGAUCAAGGAUCGUUUACCCGAUCGUCCACCGAUGAACAUUUAGUAUGAAUAUUAUAGGAUAAGUAGACGUGUGUUAUUAGUCCUAUGUUAUUACUCGCUUUAGGACAUGGAAUUGCGUCGAGUACAAAUUCGUUGAUGGGGAGAGAUCUUGGUUACCGAGAGUAACUACUUGUAAAUUUCGAGAAUCAUGUCAUUCGUUAUUUGCAAGGAAACUUGAGUGUUUCAUUGAAACGGAGAAUGAUUUUUCGAGAUACAGCAAUAAUGGUUUUAAUUGUAGAAUUAACGAUCUUGACGACUUUGUGUUUAAUAAAACUUGAAUUCAAGUCAUUAUCCGUAUGACGUAUUUCUUUUACUAAGGUCGAGCAAAUAAAUCGCUCCAGAAAAUCACGGGAAAUUUUUAUGCUGCACGUAACGUAGAAAAAGUGUUGUAUCGCUCGGCAGUUAUGAUUAUCCUUCCACGAGAAAUGUCUCCGGAUAAGUAAUGUACAUUAAAAACGGAAGGUUCUCAGCUCCCGAGACAGUUUGGCAUCGGGACGUGCAUUGGAUGGGUAAAGAAGUAUCGGAAUCUCUGCUUUUCAGUCAUAAUUGAUGGUAGAGAACGCUUCUGAUGCAAAUGAACGUACAAGAGCCAAGAGAAUUUCAUUUCAUUCAUUUUUCAAACGUCGUCAUCAAAUCUCGUUUCCCCUUCUUCGGUGAGCUCUUCCACGACCGCGCAUAUUCAUUAGCACAUUAACGAAAUAAGCAAAGUACCGCGUUACAUUCUUGUUUAAAUAUAAUCUUGUAAUUUCUGUAAUUGAUGGAUACGUGUUAACGAGAAUAAUUCUGUUAUUUCGAUCGCCUUACGCGAUCCCGCUUGGCCAUCUCCGACUUUUGUUAAACGCUCCAAGUCGCCAGGACAGCUAAUUCUACGAUUAAAACCACUGUGUGACGUAGCGCUUUGCAAACUUAAACGAGACCAUCAUUCCGUGUUACGUCAGACGAACUUUGUCGUGAAAAGAAAAAGGGAUUACGUCGCGUAAUAAACUUUAGAGCAGUCUCGGGCGGGGAAGAAAACGCGAGAAAAGGCGAGUCUAAUAAUACUUAAGGUAAUUCACGUUGUCAUUUGCAUAAUACAUUUGCUUAAGGCGUUAUGCAUAUAUGGAGGAACAUAUUUAAUCGAUUUGCUAAUUUAACCGUGUGCAUGUCGCGCGACGAAGAGGAUGUCUCGAGAUUAUCGCGCUCUUAUGCUGUGAAAGCUAAAUUCAAGUAAUUUUUGGCCGAAAGCAAACGUCACGUUACGCUCCGUGUAUUAAAUUGCAAAAUCUCACAGUACCAUUCUCCAAAAACGUUGUUUUCAUAAAGCGUUUACGGAGGAUUACGCAACGUUUUUACUCUGACAGUAACCGAAAAUUCGAUUAUUGUGCUCAUGUAGCAACAAUUUUUAGCGGCGUUUGAAGUCACUCCGUUUCGCGCGACGAAUGUAUCCACGACGUUUCUUGGCGAUAAAAUGAUGAAGAACGGCCAGGCUUAAUGGCGCGUGACGUUAUAUCGAAUUAAAGCGAAAGUUCCUUUUAUUGCCAGCUAUUCCAGCCGCUCGUAAUCACCCCUGGGACGUACUAAUGAUAUACUUGCCAGCGUAAACCAUCCCGAUCGUUUACAGCUGGUUAAUGCUUUCAGACUACAGACAGUUGUCGCGAUAGAUUAAUCGACUAUAAACGUACAUAGAAUCUCAAUAAUCUUUCAUGGAAGAAAUCAUAGCGGCGAAUAUCGAUCAUCGUACACAC